AGUGGCCAGCAGACUCCAGGGGAAGAGACUCUCCAUCUAAGGCUGAGUCCCCCCAGAAGAGCUGGCACUGAGAGGUUCUCUUCAAGAUGAUUGGGCUGCUCCAUCCAGCAGUGUUGAGUCAUUGAAAUUAUGAGGCUAUCAUUCAAAUGGAAGCAUUAUAGUUCUUCGGAACCAUUAUGAUCUCAAAAGGAAAGGAGAAUGCUAAAGAUACACUGGCUGAGGUGUUUUGAGGUGCACCGAAGUGUUCCAAGCUGUCUGUGACUUACCUUAACAUGUUCUUGAAGUACCAUGGCGUGGAUUAAAAGGAAAUUUGGUGAGAGGCCCCCACCUAAACGACUCACUAGGGAAGCCAUGCGAAAUUAUUUGAAAGAGAGAGGAGAUCAAACAGUACUUAUUCUUCAUGCAAAAGUUGCACAGAAGUCAUAUGGAAAUGAAAAAAGGUUUUUUUGUCCUCCUCCUUGUGUAUAUCUUAUGGGCAGUGGAUGGAAGAAAAAAAAAGAACAAAUGGAACGCGAUGGUUGUUCUGAGCAAGAGUCUCAACCAUGUGCAUUUAUUGGAAUAGGCAAUAGUGACCAAGAAAUGCAGCAGCUGAACUUGGAAGGAAAGAACUAUUGCACAGCAAAAACAUUGUAUAUAUCUGAUUCAGAUAAGAGAAAACACUUCAUGCUGUCUGUAAAGAUGUUCUACGGCAACAGUGAUGACAUUGGCGUGUUUCUGAGCAAACGGAUAAAAGUCAUCUCCAAACCUUCCAAAAAGAAGCAAUCAUUGAAGAAUGCUGACUUAUGCAUUGCCUCAGGAACAAAGGUGGCUUUGUUUAAUCGACUUCGAUCCCAGACAGUUAGUACCAGAUACUUGCAUGUAGAAGGAGGUAAUUUCCAUGCCAGUUCACAGCAGUGGGGAGCAUUUUACAUUCAUCUCUUGGAUGAUGAUGAAUCAGAAGGAGAAGAAUUCACAGUCAGAGAUGGUUACAUCCAUUAUGGACAAACAGUCAAACUUGUAUGUUCAGUUACUGGCAUGGCACUCCCAAGAUUGAUAAUUAGGAAAGUUGAUAAACAGACAGCAUUACUGGAUGCAGAUGAUCCUGUGUCACAACUCCAUAAAUGUGCAUUUUACCUGAAGGAUACAGAAAGAAUGUACUUGUGCCUUUCUCAAGAAAGAAUAAUCCAGUUUCAGGCCACUCCAUGCCCGAAAGAACCAAAUAAAGAAAUGAUAAAUGAUGGAGCUUCCUGGACAAUCAUUAGCACAGAUAAGGCAGAGUAUACAUUUUAUGAGGGAAUGGGCCCUGUCCUUGCCCCAGUCACCCCUGUGCCUGUCGUAGAAAGUCUUCAGUUGAAUGGCGGCGGGGACGUAGCAAUGCUUGAACUCACAGGACAGAAUUUCACUCCAAAUUUACGAGUGUGGUUUGGGGAUGUAGAAGCUGAAACUAUGUACAGAUGUGGAGAGAGCAUGCUCUGUGUUGUUCCAGACAUUUCUGCAUUCCGAGAAGGUUGGAGAUGGGUCCGGCAGCCAGUUCAGGUUCCAGUAACUUUGGUUCGUAAUGAUGGAAUCAUUUAUUCCACCAGCCUUACCUUUACCUACACACCGGAACCAGGGCCACGGCCACACUGCAGUGCAGCUGGAGCAAUCCUUCGAGCCAAUUCAAGCCAAGUGCCCCCGAACGAAUCAAACACAAACAGCGAGGGGAGUUACACAAAUGCCAGCACAAAUUCAACCAGUGUCACAUCAUCUACAGCAACAGUGGUGUCCUAACUACCGUCUUUUUGCUAGGACUUAAACUGACUUGAGUGUGGCAAAAAGUUGACAAAAAAAGAAAAAAAAAAAAAGGAAAGAAAAAAAUGAACAAUCUUUUGUGGUUUCUUGGGAAAACUUCAUACCAGGUGAUACCAUUAAAAACCCAUUACCUGCAAGUGCUGAGUUGAAAUGCAGAAGCCACAGUAAAACAGAAAAACAUCAGUAUGUACAGACUGUUGGAAAUCAAGUUUUUCAGCUGUUUUUUGUUGUUCUUGUUGCUGUUGUUUGGUUGGUUGGUUUUGUUUGGUUUUGUUUAAAUGGGCAAGAAAUAGAUAAUGUGGCUGGAAUAAACAUUAAGCAAACUAGAAGGCACAAAUCUAACAUAGUUUUUAUGGACCAAGGAACUUGUAUAAGCUUUAGUAAAAGGUACAUUUUCACCAUACCUUUUUUUAUAUCACAGUAUAUAGUAUACCUUGUUACCAAAUAGGUUGUUUUCCCCACCCCCUUUGAGCUUUUGCUCUAAAGUACAUUCAGGUUCCAAGCCUGACCACUUGUUUAAUUAACACACUCUUCCAGGUUCUUUUGGUCUAAGGCUGGAACUUUUUUUUUUAAGCUGAAAUCUUAUGACUUUUCAUGAGGUGGAAAUGUUUUGAUUUCAGCAAGUCAAAUCUUGUAAAGGCCUGCAUUUUUUUUUUUUUUUAAGAUUAUAUGAAGUCUGUGCAAAAGCUUUAAAGAAAAUGCCUCCGCCUUGCCUGCAAUACAUGCAAUGUAUGUUAACUUAGUCUCUAUUCUCAGACACUGUUGGUAGUUAUUUCUGUAUUUUCCUUUUUUUAAAAAAAAAAAAUGUAUUUAUAGUGGUAAUCCAAGAGGUUCUAACAUUUACAUGGAAUUCAGUGUGGCCAUUUAGUCAUUACUGAGUUAAUGGCGCAGAACAUGUUGGUAUUUGAAGUGUUUUCUCCCCCUUUCCCGUACAUCCACACAUCUGUGUUCCAGGGUUUGUUCAGGUUACCCCCUCCUGAUCUUGUACAUAACUUGUAUUAUGUGUAAGUUAAACGUUUUAUUUUGAACUCAGAAUGUUCCCAGUGAUUUAAUUCAGCAGGGUAUUUGCUACCUUGUUGGCAAAUGACAAAAAAAUAUCAUGAGAAGUAUUUACUACCAAGUGGUAGAUGGUGCCCUAUGGUAGAAUGAGGAAAAUCUCAGCAAAUGUUUUAUUAUUACCUUUUUUUUUUUUUUUUUUUUGGUAGCCUAGGCAAGAACAUCAUUGUAAUCUUAAAACAUAAGAUGCUUUUAUUAGAUGAUCAACUAAAAUAGCUGGAAGACAUACCUUAGAAACAGAUAGGUGUAAGUUUAUGAAAAUGCAAAUGUAACUUAUGUUUUCCUUUUUUUCUGUCUGCCUUUUUCUGUUUUCUCUUACUCCAUACCGAGUGUCUCCACAAAUGUCUCUUACUCAGAAAACAUUUCUUUUUCUUUCAGUUAAGAUUUGCUUGCAUUCAGGGCUGUGUCAGCCUUGCAUGCUAACCUUGCCAGUUUAUAUUGCUUCCAUUCCUGCAUCUUGGUUUGCCUUUGUUCCAUUUCUUUGGAAUUACAGCAGACUCAUCGGGUUACAUUUAGUAGAGGAACCACAUGUAUAAUGUCCUGGGACACCGUCUAGUUAUACAAUCAUCCUUCUUAGAGUAAAAACUACCUCUAGAUUGUGGUAAGCUUUUACUGUCCCGUAAAACAGGAGCCACAAGUACCUUAUGAAUGCAAAACUGUAACUUCCUACAGCAUUUCCAGUGUCUUUCUGGUGUCCUGGGCUAUUUUCAAAGUUUCCAUUAAUAGACUUUAAAAAAAUCAUUUCUUAGCAUUUUCUUUCAGCUUUGCUUUCUUCAUCACUCCUUUGCUUCAACUAUGCCACUGUAAAUAAUAUUUCCGACAUCUUUAAAUUGCCUUUUCCUCAAUUUUCAAGGGGAAAGUCAUUUGUAAAACAUGUGAGGUGGUUAAAUCAAAGUUACUGCGGUUUUCUCUUACUGCAAGCCUUCUUAAUCACCCCAGGCUGCAUGAUUUUAUAUAUAGCCUUUCUUCAGAUCUGCUCAACUCACUCACUCACUCCUGAGCGAAUCCUGCCUCACACUGUCUGUCUGUUUCAGUGAUGAAUGGCAGAACUCAUUGUGGCCUUAUCUUUCUUUGUUGUAACUGCUCACUAGCUUUUUCUUGCAGAGUUGCUUGUUUCUGGGUAGAGUUUAUUCUCUCUGUCUAGUCACCGACGUGGUCAUUAUACAGUGCUUUUGUUCAGAGUGGGAAGUGUUUUCAGUGCUGCUUUACUUUUAGUGGGCCACAAGUUUCUUCCACUUUCUAAAUUUGGUUUCUAGUUAAGAAAUCAAACUAAAUUAACCAAUAACAAAUGAGAUGGUUUUUGAAGAACAAACUAUCCCUUACCCAGCUUUGCAGCUCAAAAUAAUUUUCCAAGUUCAUGGCUUUACUAAAAUGAACUUAUGCUUAUUUUAAUGUUUAUCUCUUAUUGCUGUUCUUUUGUGUCUUUUAAUAAGAUAAUGAAAAUAUUAGACUGAAAACCCUUUCACUGUUUUUUUAAAGUCCAAGAAUGUACUUAUUAUUGGCAUUCCCCCCCCCCAUUUUAUGCCAUUUCAUACCACAGACUUAGGAAUAAAACGAUACAUCUGUUAUAGCUUGUUGUUCAUCAGUAUCUUUUGUCAGCUGCUUUUUAAAAUCCUUCUCGUGGAUUGGUGAAUCAUUUUCAGUACACAGUUUAUGUCAGCCCUGUCCUCCAGUUACAGUACAAUAUGUCCCUUCCCUAAUGGUGGCAUUGUUAAGAGAUGCUGGUCAUUUACCCUCAUAAAGACUCUCCUCUAGUGGUGGCUUCAGUUAGAGUGUAGUGUUUUGAUGUUUUUGAAUGUUUGGUUUAGAAAUGAAUCUUAUGCUCCUGUUUUUCUAUGCAGUUUCUCAAAAUCUGCUUAGAAACUGAGUCUGUGACCCCGCACAUUUUUAUUAGUUGCAUCAAAUUUAUCACAUAGAUUCGGAAGGCAAGCUAAUGACUUUAAAUGUAAAAUGCCCUUUAUAUUUUUGAAUGAAUUCAGAACCAAACACUAGUACAAUAUUUAACUUGCUGCUGACUUUUCUGAAACCAUGGCAACUAACUACACCUCACAUAGAAUUAAUUAGUGAAAUAUUUGUCACUCUUACAACAUAGACUUACUGGCCAUCGUAACUGGUUAGGUUUUUUGCUCUUAUUUUUAAUGAAACCGGUACCAUCUGUGUGCUCGCAGAAAAUUCCCAGUGCCAUUUUUGGGAACUAACCUAACUAGUCAUGUAAGCCAGAAAAUCCAUUGGGGCGGGGGUACUUUUUGAAACAAUGCUAUUCAAUUAUUAACCAAGUUAACUUUGAUUUCAAAAGCAGCUGUGUUUCUGAUGAAUACUGAACAAAUGUGUGUAAUUUUCUGUGCCAGACUUUUGACUUUGUUUUCAAGCACUGUAAUAUGGGAUGGAUGGUUAGAAACAAUAAUAUAUUAGGGUUUCUAUUUAACCCUUUCAGGACUGAACUGUAUUUCCUUUAUUAAUUUUUCCCUGUGUCGUGGUAAAUGUUUGCCAGCAUUCAAUACUGUGUUGGUCCAGAUGUAGGUUUAUACGCUCAUUUUUAGCUUAUUUCUUGUACCUUGCAGCAUGCUCUACACAUUCAGUCCUUAAGGGGUUUAUUUUACAAACUGUGCGCCUGUAAGGUUUAUUAGCAAUAAGAUAGAAAAUUGAGCAAGUUUAUACCAUAAUUUUGUAGAAAAAAAGAAUCUGCUCAGUUCCAUAUUUCAUCCAUGAAAAACCUGCAAUACGGGCAGUUUCAAGGAAUAAAUAAAAAGGAAAUGUAAACCAUUGUAAAAGUCUUCUGUUGGAUGUGCCUGAUGCAUGUAUUAUCGUCUUUGAUUUCAGAAAACUUCAUAAAGAUAAAGUUAAAUUCUC